UCCUGGAACCUUCUUUUGGCGACCUAGGCUUGGACUCGAUCUCUCAAUUCCUACGACAGAGGUAACUAUGAAAGUUAACUUACCGACGAAAGAAAAUCUUAACGAAGGCUUAGUAGUUAUGAUCGAUGGAUAUCAAGUUGGACUAACCGUUGUGGCACUAGCAUCCGGGUUAUCGAGCGCCAAGCCAUACCCACAUCUCAAUCCGAUUUCGGCCUAUUUUUACACAAAUGCCUACCGAUGGGGUCUUAGACACUUGAGUCUCAUACCGCUUUGGUUCGGAGGCAACGGUGGCAAUUACUGUGAUACACAUAGGGUGUGGCGACGUCGUUUCUUCUACAUGGACGAGUUUCUACCUCCGUGGAUGAAGAAGUACAUGUUACCUUUCGUUGAUAAAAAUGAGUGGAAGAAGGAAGAAAGUGAAUAUAAAAGAUUCAAGAAGUACGCAGAAUCAGCCUUUGGAAAGCAUUACCGUUAUCCGAGCAAAAUAUUCAAUAAUUUCAGAUCGCAAGAAACUAAAGAAUCUGAGGACGUAAUGGACUCCUCUUCGAGUUCCACGUGAUGGUUGUGCUAAUACUUUGUAAUUGUAUAUUAGAAACAGCGAUAAUUUCGUUUCCAGUGGACAAUGGGGAUGAAUUAAACACAAUUUUGUUUAUUUUUUUUUAUUAUUUGCACAUUAUCACCUACACACUACUGCAGUAAAUUUUAAA